AUGCAUUCGGCCACUUUUUUAUCAACACCUGCACCCUACAAUGUCUCCAUUCCAGCCAUCAGCAUCAACGAUUGGUACCCUGUGUGCUCUCCACCGUCAACUUUUCGCGAUCAACGGUUGCGUCAUUCGAGUCGAUCUGCCAUUAUGGCCAAUGCUCAAGACGAGGUCCAUGGCAAGAAAUCACCGCGGAUCAUGGUCUCGGAAGUAGUAGACGAGCCGGAUAAAAAGUUAGAUGCAGGUGCAAAUGCUUUCGUCACACGACCUGCAUCGAUGCAGCAUCAUCAGCAUCAUCCUCACCAAGAGCAGCAGCAACAAACCACUUUUGCCACGACACCACCUUCUUCCUCCUCUUCCUCCUCUUUCUUUUCUCCACCUUGUUUACUUUCACCCAACAACAACAACAACAAUCCCGAAUACGAUCAUUCAUCAUCAACAACACGUCGAUAUCCUAUUGAAGAUCCAGCAUCAUUACCUCCUUUACCUCCUCAAGCCCUUUUAUCUCAUUCUACUUUUUCCCCCGACACCGAAGACGCCGACGAUAAGGACGAGUCAAACAUGCAUUUACGUUCUAUUCGACCACUGCAUAAUGACUCUGUGCCUGGAUUCACUCCUCUGGAUACUGGUGCAAGUAGUCCUUUCAUCAAAGCUAUACGCAAAGCACAAAAGAAGCGACGAGGAAGUGUGGGAGAAGGAACAUUACGCCGUCAAAAAGCAAUAUCAGCACCUGUUGAACCACGUUUAACAAAGUCAUCCACCCAUGCCCAACAACGUCGUCAUCGCCCUAUUUCCAAUAUCACAACCACAUCAUCCCCUUUACGGACGCAUCAAGAAGAGGAUGAUAGCAAUGAUCAUUGGGAUCCACACAUUGAUGCCUUUGAAGUCUUGCGGGCCAAGAUCACGGGGAUCACGAGGACAAUGCAAGAGUUUCACGUUCAAGAGCUUUUUUAUGACGAGCUAACCGAACGUAACAACAAUCGGCAAAGACACCAUACCAUUGCAACUACAACCACCUAUCAGCGUCGCAUGAGCACGUCAGCUGAGUCUCCAUGCGAUCCUACCCCUAACCACCUGCUGAUGGACAAAUCACAGUCGCACACCAAUCGUCAUCGAAGGAUCCGUUCGCAUGGUUCAGCUGCUGACUUUGACAGCACAACAAAUGCCAUCAAUUCACCACCGCCUCCUCCACCCGCUCCAACAGCCGAUGAGACUCGCUAUCAUGAAAACAAUGAUCCUUGGAGUCAUCUACGCACCGAUGAGGAUUUCGAACACGAUCUAAGACACAAAUCAACCACCUUUUCCGAUGAUGAUGAGUUGGAUUUGAUCAACAAUCGUAACAACGACGACUACAACUACGAUGAUGAUGAUGAUCUCACAAUAUCACCUCCCAUGGCUCCAACAAGUCCUAAUUUAACAGCUUUAUUUCUCACCACAAAUUCCCUCAUCAAUUCACGCCUUGACGAGUUAUCAGAAACGGCAUCGAUUGCAUCUUCAUGUGGUGGUGGUGAUGAUAUCAAUCAAUCCUCAUCCAAUGAAUGGCGAUUACAGUUUUUGGAUUUAGUAUCAGCAUGUAUCACUCAAUCAGAGGAAUUGGAGUCGUUAUCAACCGAGUUACUUGGAACAGAACGUCGUGUACGUGAAUUACUAGUGAUCAACGGCACCGUCAAUGAGCAGUAUCACGAACGUGAAAAGGCGUAUGAGGAGCGUAUUCGAGAAUGCGAAGAAGUGGCCAAGCAACAGCUCAUCAUGAUUGAUACUUUGGAGGAACUUAUGGCGGAUAUCGACAUGAAGCUUACCCACCACUUGGAUCACAAUGACUAUGAACAUGAUGCUGAUAGUGGAAUUGAAGAUGAUACCGAUCGCAGUGUUGAAGAGGAUGAACAAAGAUGGGAUUUCAAACGCGCUGUAGCUGAUAUUCUUGGUGUCGAGACCCAGGGCGAUUUGGUACACAAGAUGCGAUGGGAAGUUGGCAUGUUUGUGGGCGGCGGUGUUGGCACCGGUCAUGUCAUCCAUUCAUUUGAAGGCCAGUUGCGUGGUAUUGAAAUGAUGAUUGCUGGGUCUGGUACCACAGUAGAAGAUUCCCCUUUACGGAUAUCACAACAAGAUCAAAUCGAUGAGACGACGCAUAUCUCUCGUAGUUUACCACGUAACAAGUUCCAUCAUCACCAUUACAUGUUGCACAUCUCGGCCCGCGACCGCAAAACACGGUUCCGGAUGAUCCCACAGGCUCAUUGGGUACCUGAUCAGAUGGCCUCUCACUGUCAAUUUACCAGCAAGCGACCCUGCUCCGUCAAGUUUAGCCUCUUUCAACGGCGACAUCAUUGUAGAAAAUGUGGAAUCGUUGUCUGCCAACGCCACAGUGGUAAUCGCCUUCCAUUGUUUGCAAAGUCCUCUGCGCCACCACAAUGGUCCCGUGUGUGCGACAAGUGCUUUUGUAACCUUAUCAUGACCGGCGAUGAGUGA